AUGGAACCUUUCGGCGUUUUGGAGGGCCGGACCUAUGAUGAUGGCAGCUCAGUCCAAGACUCUGUCCUGGUGCAUUUCAGGAGGGGAGUCCGGAUGGUGCUCCAUCGCUUUGGCACGGAGGAAAAGUUCAUCCUUCUGGGCAAGGGCAACCAGCUCUACUCGCUAGGGCUGGUCCCGGAUGCAGAGACACCACAGGAAAUCCUGCUGAAUGAUGAAGCAUGGAAAGUGGAGGCCGGCUCGAGCGAGGACAUUGGCGCUGUUCAGAUCCUGGGAACCAAGGAGGAGGCGCUUGUGGUCAACCAUAUGCUUGAACUGUUCUCUGUGAAGUAUGCUGAGAGCCAACUUGGCCGCAGACUUUUGCCGGAGCAUAAGGUGAUCCAGCUCGCUUGCAGCGAUAUUCACUUUUUGGCCUUGACCACGCAUGGUGCGGUGUUUGCUUAUGGUCAGAACAAUUAUGGACAGCUGGGCCUGGGCAAUGCUGACCAGGUCGAAGAACCCACGCAGCUGGAUCUCAAGAUGACUGUGGCGCAAGUAAGCACCCCUGCAUUCGCCACCUUCGUGGCUUGUGGUCAAGCUCAUUCAGUGGUCAUUUGUCAGAAUGAAUCGGUUCUGUGCUUCGGAAUGAACAACACUCAUCAGUGUGGCAUGAACUCAAAUGGUCAAUCUCUUGUCACUCCAACCCCCCUGAAUGCCCAGAAGCAGAUCAUUAAAGCUUGCUGUGGCUCGGCCCAUUCUCUUUUUCUCAGCUCUGAUGGUACUUUGCUCGGCGCGGGAAAUGGUGCAAAAGGCCAAUUGGGCCCCAACUACCGCUCGAGUCACCUUCUUUCAACCAUUCAGUUGCCAGACACCUUCACAGGCAAGAUCAUUGACAUUUUUGCACACUCGCAGUUGAACGUUUCGGUGCUCAUGAAUGACCAUGGCCGCUACUACGUAUCUGGAGAAGCGGGUGAACUCAUCGGAAGCAAGCAGGUCAUAGAUGACUUCUUCUUGUUGGUAUUGGUAAAGCAGCAUGCUGUGACUGUGGGUUCCCGGCUUAUUUGUAUGCAGCCAGAGACUCAGCGCUACCAAGCACGCUACAAUGUGCCAGCCUGUUGCGAUGUGCAGGUGGUCGGUGGUGCAGUGGUGGGUGAAGAGCAACCUAAGAUUUUGCACUUCGGUUGGGAUACUAUACGUGCUCGAGCGCCUUUUUUGACGAACAGCAUCAAGAGCAAGGGAGGAUCAGCUGCCCGCGCUGAUCAUCAAGUGAGAAUUGAGAACUACUCAUGGAAUGCCGUUGAUGCAUAUGGCAAAUAUUUGCACCAGGACAAUCUGGAUGCCGAGCCCGAAGUCUUGUUAGAGUUGCUCCAGCUUGCAUCUGAGUACAAAGAUGAGACCGGGCUUCAGAGUCUUUGUGCAAGCGUCUUGCGCCGCAAGGUCACCAACGACAAUCUAUGCACAUGCUUCAAGAAGUGUAUGAAGUUCAAGUUCUUCGGUUUGGCCGCAGACGUCUUGAAGCAAGGACUGAACUUGACCAAUGCAUGCGAGGCAUUAAACAUUGCUGGUGAUGCAGUGCGCAAAGCGGUUGACGACUCUGAGAAGACGAUGGUUGAACACAUCCGGGACACAGUAAUGGCAUUUGCGAUCCUUCAUGCCAAGGUGGUUGUUGAAGAUGCAAAGUUUGCAGACUUGCAGCCUGAGAUUGCGAAGCAGCUCUUGCAGAAGUUGGCCAGCAUGAACCUGCUGAAGACUUAG